CUAAUAUUCUAAUUUUAUUGUCUUGACCUGCCAUCAAUCAUGGCAUCUCCUGUUGUUUCAAAAAAAAAGUCAGUAUCAUGGGCCAACUUACUUCUUGGUGCUGGAAUUCAAGUUUUUGAGGUAUCUACUCUGGGUCAGCCGUUCGAGGUCGUUAAAACCCAUAUGGCAGCUAAUCGAGGAGAUGGACUCAUUCAAGCAGUCAAAAAGACAUUCCAACGUGGUGGGAUCGCUGGGUUCUAUCAAGGUCUGAUUCCUUGGGCAUGGAUCGAGGCAUCUACCAAAGGUGCUGUAUUACUCUUUGCUAGCUCGGAACUUGAACAUAUUGCUACAACUAGUAUGGGAAUGUCCAAGGCAGCAGCAGGUGUAAUGGGUGGUAUGGGCGGUGGUGUUGCACAGGCGUAUACAACAAUGGGAUUUUGCACGUUUAUGAAAACUGUCGAGGUAACUCGACACAAGAACCCUGGAGUUUCCCUGUCCACUUGGGCUGUUGCUGGUGAUAUUUUCAAGCGGGAAGGCGUCCGAGGCAUCAACAAGGGAGUGAAUGCAGUUGCAUUACGCCAAAUGACCAACUGGGGUAGCAGACUAGGCAUUGCUCGUGUUACAGAAUCCACCAUUAUUGGGCUUCGCUCGCCAGACCAGACCAGCAAACCGCUCUCUAUCCCUGAGCGUCUUUUUGCAUCAGUCAUUGGUGGUGCACUAGCAUGCUGGAAUCAGCCUAUCGAGGUUAUUCGUGUUGAAAUGCAAUCUCAAAAAGUAGAUCCUAGUCGACCUGCCAAGAUGACAAUAGCCAACACGGGAGCAUGGAUCUGGAAAACAAUGGGCAUUCGAGGUUUCUACCGUGGAGUCACUCCACGUAUUGGUUUAAGCGUGUAUUUGACAGUAUGCAUGGUAUUUGGAGGGGAUCAACUCAAGGCUUGGUUUGCCCAGCAAUCCAAGAAAUGAAUGGCUGAUUUCCUACUUAGUCCUCUUUAAAUUACACAAGGUCUAUCCAUUAU